AUGUGGAGCCUGCUGCUCUGCGGGGGCUGGCUGCUGGCCACUGGCUACCUGGUGGGUGCCAUGGGCAGCUGCUGGCACCAGUGCUGCCCAGGCAGGAACAACGCCUGCUGGGCCCCGGGUGCCCGCCGGGCUCGCUGCUACUGCGACUCGUACUGCGAGAGGACGGGCGACUGCUGCGAGGACUACCAUGCCGCGUGCCGCCACGCUGCGGUGGGCUGUGCGGUAGGGCCCUGGGGACCAUGGAGUGGGUGCAGCUCGCCGUGCGGGGUGGCCAAGAUACUACCUGACUCCUUCAGCCGGGACUUCAGGGAUCCCUGGCGAAGAUCAGGGCUGCUGCUGCCGGAGGAGCCAUCUGG